AAGAGCUCAGGCGGCAGAAAUGGAGAGCAAAGGGACUGCUAGGGAGGGCACAAAUGUGGAAGAGACAUGGCGUGGCAGCGAGACAACAUAGGGGGAUCCCAGUCCACCAGAAGGAGGUCUCUAGAUAACAAAGUCCAGGUUGAGGAGUCGAGCUAACGUUGACUGUCUGGAGGAUUUUUUUUUAUCUCGCUUUGCUGUGGUCUUACCUCGUAGUCAGUGGGCACUCAGUCACUAUCUGCAGAGAAGUCUGUGGCGAACAACCCAGUCUGACAGGAGAAAAGGUAGCUCAGUAUGAGUCGAGAUGGGUGGGCAAAGAAGAGAGCCAAUGCCAGUGGUGACAAUGGUUGGGCUGAAAUGGGAGGCUACAUGGCUGCCAAAGUUUCUAAGCUGGAAGAGCAGUUUAAACUUGAUGCCCCCAGAGAGAAACAGAAAGACGGUUCAUACUCCAACAUUUUUAGUGGAGUUUCCAUCUAUGUCAAUGGAUACACAGAGCCGAGUGCAGAUGAGCUACGCAGAUUGAUGAUGCUGCAUGGUGGCCAGUUCCACGUAUACUACUCUCGUUCCAAGACCACCCACAUCAUCACCAACAACUUGCCCAACAACAAAAUUCAGGAUCUCAAAGGGGAAAAAAUCAUCAGGCCACUGUGGAUCACUGACAGUAUCAAGGCUGGGCAUCUCCUGCCCUACCAACAGUACCAGCUGUACACUAAACAGAAAGGCCCCCUUUUCCCUGGCAUGACUCUGCGCCAGACGUCAGAGAUUGCCGGACCCAGCCAUGGGCUGCUUCAGCCGAGCGUCAAUCAAAAGCUUCAUCUGCCACCGCGCAGCAUUCAGCACUCUGUACUCAACCAUGAGGGGUCCCCAUCCAGCUGCCAGAACAACUCCAUCCCCAACGCCAGCCACAGUCCACUUUACCAAGGCAACAUUCAACCUCAGUCCAUCCAGCAAAGCUCUGCUGUUCGCUUCAUCAACCCCCAACCAAGUCACUUACCAUCAACGUUCCACAAUGCAGAUCCCAGACACAGAAGCCUGCUGUCUAACCCAAGCCCCACAAAGCCCCCACAGUCAACUAUUCAAACCCCUCAUGCUAAUCUUCAGCACCAGAGAGCUAGCCAACCGCAACCUCAGAACACCUCUUUAAGCAACACUGCCCGGAGUGGCUACAAGGAAGUGGAUUUAAAAAUAAACGGAUUACUUCAGACCUCAUUGGAAUUGAUCAGCCAUUCAAAAAUGAAUGAAAUGCAAGAGUGUGGCAAAGGUGAUCCUCUCCCACAGGUGGUGAAGGAAGCACAUCUGACAAAUGGACACACUCACCUCGUCAAUGGUGCCUUAAAGCCAGAGGACCGGUCCCCUGUCACUGACGAACCUUCUGUUGACAAGGAGCUUCCUCGAUGCAGAGUCAAGAGUCCAGAUGUUAAACCUCAGAGUCCUCCAGUACAGUUUCAGACAAAACCUGACCCUUAUGAGUUUCCUCACAGUCCUCCAAAGCAAUCAGACCCGUCUCCUGUCUUUCAAACCAGUUCACACGGAGCCAACGAGCAGAGACCUAAACCUCCACCACCUACCUACCUGGAGGCCACUGGCACAGAAAGCAACCUACUCCCAAAACCGAUCCAGCAGCCCCAUCAAGUCUGUUCAAGUACCGAAAAGACUCCCCUUUCACCUGCAUCUCGCUCUCUUUCACAUACUCCGAUUCGACUGAACGGAAGUCACCACAAUGCCUUUUCAUCUGACCAUGCCUCUUUAAACACAACCAACUUAACAUCCAAACCUGAAACUCCAACUGAAAAGGCUCCAUCGCCAUCUACGUCUUCAGCCCAGCUGCUGGCUCAGACGGGCGGUUUGAUCUCUGAGUACUACUCUCACUCACGUUUACAUCAGAUCUCCACGUGGAGGUCCAACUUCUCCGAGUAUGUCAAUGAACUGCACGGCAAGCGAAAAGCAGUGGGGGGGGGCUCCUUUCCUGGGAAAGACAGACUGAGGAAAUCUGUGGCCCAGCACUCUACAGACACUCGAGGUACGUCGGCACCUGCAAGUGUCAAAUCUUGUAUUCUUCAUGUGGACAUGGACUGUUUCUUUGUGUCCGUGGGGAUCAGACAUAGACCAGAGCUCAAAGGGAAGCCUGUGGCUGUGACCAGUAACCGUGGACAGGGUAAAGUACCCCUGAGACCCGGGGCCCAACCACAGCUGGAGCAGCAGUACUACCAGAGGAAACACACUCACCCUAAACCUGAUCUAGCAGAUGAGGAUCUGCACAGAACUCCUUCACAAGAGAGUCCUGACUCCCAUGCUAACGGAGUUGAUCAGGAUGCUGCUACACUCUCAAUGGCAGAGAUUGCUUCCUGCAGUUAUGAAGCCAGGCAGGCGGGCGUGAAGAACGGGAUGUUUUUCGGCAAAGCUAAGCAGCUGUGUCCCUCUCUGCUGUCCGUCCCAUAUGAUUUUGAGGCCUAUAAAGAGGUGGCCCUCACCAUGUAUGAGACUCUGGCCGGGUACACCCAUGACAUCGAAGCUCUGAGCUGUGAUGAACUGUUGAUAGACGGUUCUGCUCUGCUAGCUGAGCUGAGCAUCAACCCAGAAGAUCUGGCCAGUGCGAUCAGAGCAGACAUCAAGGAGAAAACAGGAUGCUGUGCUUCAGUGGGCAUGGGGUCCAACAUCCUGUUGGCUCGGCUUGCGACCCGAAAGGCCAAGCCAGAUGGGCAAUACAUCCUAAAGUCUGAAGAAGUUGAUGAUUUUAUCAGGGACCUGCCAGUGACCAGCUUACCAGGUGUUGGCCCUGUUAUGGGCAGAAAACUUGCUGCUAUGGGUGUGAGGUCAUGUGGGGACCUCCAGCAGGUGUCUCUGUCUCAGCUGCAAAAGAAGUUUGGACCCCGGACCGGACAAACCCUGUUCCGUUUCAGCAGGGGCCUCGAUGACCGACCUGUUCGCUACGAGAAGGAAAGGAAGUCCGUCUCAGCUGAGAUGAACUACAACAUUCGCUUUACCAGGGUUGACGAGGCAGAGUCUUUCUUGACUAACUUGUCCAUGGAGGUGCAAAAGCGUUUACAAGAAGCAGGGCUGCGGGGUCGCAGAGUUACCUUCAAGGUCAUGGUUCGCAAGGUCGGAGCGCCGCUGGAACCGGCUAAAUACGGCGGUCAUGGCAUAUGUGAUAACCUAGCCAGGACUGUGAUGCUUGCUCAGUCCACUGACAGUGGUAAGCUGAUUGCCGCUGCAGUCAUCAAGCUGUUCCAUGCCAUGAAGUUGCAGGUUCAGGACAUGAGAGGAGUCGGCAUUCAGGUUCAGCUUCUUGACGGACAUCAGUCUGUCCAUCAGGACUCCGCUGGCCCCGGGACGCGCUCCAUCAAAGAGAUGUUGCUUGACCGGGGAUCAAGUGCGAGAUCCAGCAACAGAGGUUUGUGUAAAGUCUUUGUGUUUCAGUUUAGAUCUUUGUUGUCGUCUGCAAAAUCAAUAGAGUUCAUGAUCGAUGUUACAGACGCUGCUGACAACAACGCACAUCGGGAAAACGUUUCCUCAACCACAGGCCCAUCAUCUGUCUCCUCUCCACAUCCUCUGUCCUCUCCCGAGCCGGUCCCGGGGACAAGCAGAGACCAGCAGGCAUGCACACAAACCCCUAAACAUUCUCGAGCACGUCUCAACUACAGUAUUGAGGUCCCCUCCCCUUCACAGGUGGAUCGUUCUGUGCUGGAGGCGCUGCCUGCAGAUCUGAGAGAACAAGUGGAGCGGUCGUGGAAUGAUCGUGAUGGGAGACAAAGUAACCAUCAGUCGCCCGGUCCACAGCACUCUGAUCCUCUUCCACAGCCUCCCUCUCUGAAGUCUCGUCCUGCCUCCCCUCCCCGUCCUCCCGCCCCUGGUCCUGCACUGUACGCUCCACCUGUUGGCACGUUGCUUCUACAGAUUCCAAACCAGCCAGACAGUCCGGGAAUUAUACUGGAGCUACCAAACUUCUCACAGGUGGAUCCAGACGUAUUUGCUGCCCUUCCCAAAGAGCUCCAGGACGAGCUGAAAUCUGCCUACAACCGCGUAACAAAUGUCCAGCCUCAGGCAAAAAUAUUGGAGCAGAAGAAUCCACUGUUGCAGCUGAAACAGUCAGGACUCGGAGUCGGCAUUGGUCGAGUGAAGCGGCACUACAAGAGAAAGAAUGCCGUGAGCCCCGUUAAAAAAGCUCCUUCACCUCUGAAGAGGCGUAACACGACGAACAGCCCAGGCAAAGCGCUACCACCUCCUAUAAGAUCACGAGAACCAAUGAACAUAUUAAAAGCUGAAAAUGGUCCCUCCACAUCAACCACAAAACCAGACAUCCCAGAGCCUCUGUCCAAAUUCAUCCCUCGCCCCGCUCCGGUGUUGGCCGGAGCCUAUGACUUGACGGACAUUAAAACACUUCUACGGGAAUGGGUCACCACCAUAACAGAACCGAUGGAGGAGGACAUCCUGCAGGUGGUGAAAUACUGCACUGAUCUGAUUGAGGAUAAGGAUCUGGAGAAGUUGGAUUUAAUUAUAAAAUAUAUGAAAAGGCUCAUGCAGCAGUCGGUGGAGUCUGUUUGGAGCAUGGCUUUCGACUUCAUCCUAGACAACGUGCAGGUGGUUGUGCAGCAGGCUUAUGGUAGCACCCUGAAAGUAGCAUGAAGAAGGAGGGAGAACUGCUUUCACUGUGUGAUACCAUCACACCACAACUGUUGUUUUGGUACUUUCACCAGGACAUCUGCAAUACAAAGUACAACGUCGAAAAGAGGAUUUCUUCUUCUUCUUCUUCAAACUUCAUGUUCUCAGUGGCCUCCUGAGAGAGAGACACAAAUUGAUGACUUUACACUCAAUAUGAGAAAGUGUUAUAAUAGCCAUGACAGUAUUUGAGUGUGUACAGUUCAUUAUUUCCUGUACUAAGGGACAAGUGAAAGGCAGAAAAUGUACUUAGAAACUAUUCACCAAAACUCAGAACAGUGAUAAUCGUAGCAACUUUUUGCAAAUUCAUAAUUUUUCGUAUGGGGUUCUUUUAUAAAUAAACGUGAAAUUUUAUAUAAGGAUUUUUGCAGGCAGUGCUGAACUAUUUCUUAAACAAGACUUGCCUUUUAUAAGAUUUAAAAUUUCCGUCCUGAUGAGCGUUUUCCAUCUGAAAUAGCACUUGAUUUCUCCUAUGUGUUCUUUAGGUUUAAAUAAUGCUACACAGACACAAUCUGAGUAAUUUUUUUCCCCAUUCAUGCAGUUAAAACUGUUUAGGUUUAAAAUAAUUACUGUGAUAAACACAAUCAUCAUGUUAAAACGCAAAGCACAUUUUAGAAUUUGUUAAAUUUGUUGGUGUUGUAGCACUCCUCAGACAUCAGACUUUAUCAUACCAGAAAUUGUAGGAAUAAAUAAAUCAACAUUUCUUUGGAGCUCUAUGGCACUUUUACUGACCGGUGAACUAUCUACCACUGCUGCGUCACAAAAAAAAAGCGAGCAAAAUAUGUUCUGAUGCACACAGUAGUAUCUUUUUUUUUUUCUUGUCUCUUGCAAAAAAAGUGCCAAACCUUGUUGUUAUAAUAUGUAAAUAGUGUUUUUAAAGAAACUUGUUAAAAGUUUUAAAAGAAAAGAUGUAAGUGGAGGGUGUACCUCUUGUAUUGUUUACAUAUAGUGAAUUCUUAGUAACUGUCUUUAAAUUGUAAAAUCUUCUCACUCUUUAAUUGUUCGUAGGUGUUCCAAACGUGGAAAUCUGAAGCUGGCCAAAGCUCUUCAUGUGAGGUUAACUGUUGAUUCUCAGUAACACUCUGACUUGGGAGGGAUGUUGACAGGGGUUAUGGUAAUUAAUAAGUAGCCUAUGCAGUUCUUUUUUUCACUAGCAAGUGAGAUGUCCCUUCAAGAUAAUGUAACAUUUCAUACAGCCUUUGUAUCUGGAGUAAAUCUUUUCUAGUGUUUCCAGCCUAGUUACCCGUUUUACAAAUCUGCAUAUUGAAAUAUUUCUGGAUUUGCAGAGGAAUAGGUGACCAGAUUUUUAACUCAACGUAUGUACUUGUGUACUUCAUACAUUGGAGACAUUUUUAUGCCUUGUGGCUACAUCAUUAUAUUUCUGUGACAUUAACUCUUAUGAUUGGUGAUUAGUAGUACUCAGCAGAUGCGGCUGGCUGGCUGGCUUGUGAUCUCACCAUCCAAAUCAUUGUUUGUGCUGGAAAAGUUUGUUUAAAGCAGUGCCCCCUAUAUGCAAACCAAAUCAAUCAUUUUGGUCAUCAGUCAUUGUUUUCAACUGGUUAAAAUGAAUGUAAUUCAGAAUGUGCAAGUCUCCAUUCACUUUCAAGAUGUUUGCUUCUCUUCAACUGUCAUAUCUCUACAGAAGUUAAAAUUGGUCAGUUUUGUCUUCUAUAAACUGGCUUGUGCCUGAAGACCUGAAGCUGUGAACUUGUUUGUAAGUUUUCUAAAUCUUGGUAAUAAACU